GAUAAAUAAUAAUUUAAAAUAAAGUAUAUACAAUAAUUUUUUUUUUUCUUUUAUAGAAUAUUUAUAUAUAAAGAAAUUAAAAUGAAAACUGUAUUUUCAAAUAAAGUAUUUUCAAUUAAAUCAACUAUUAUAGUAAUAAUUUAAUUUUAUUUAUUUUUAAUUAUUUUUUAAAAAAAAAAAAAUUUUAGAAAAGUUAUUUAAAGGAUGAUUUUAAAAAUUAAAUAAUCAUUAAAUCAUAAAUUCAAAUAUUAAACAAACAAACAAAUAAAAAACUUAUUAAAAUAUAAAUAUUAAAAUAUAAUAACAAAAUGUCAAACUCAGUUCACCCAGGAGAUAAAUCACAAUCAUAUUACAACGCUACUAAAGAUGCCGCUGUAAAUACUUAUAAUGCCACCAAAGAUGCCGCUGUAAAUACAUACGAAGCUACUAAAGAUGCUUUAAAUAAUGGAAUUAAUUAUGUAGCCGAAUCAAUUCAACCAGUCAUCGAUAAAACCAAAGAAAUGGGUUCAAAUGCCACCAAUUCUCUAAGUGAAGGCUACGAUAGUAUGAUGCACAAAACAUCCGAAAUGAUGACACAAGCAAAACAUAACACCGAAGAGACAAUGGAGAAAUGCGAACAUUGGACAGAAGAACAAAAGGAUGCAUUCUGUGAUAAAUGCAAAGAAUUAAAAAAACAAGCCGACAACGCCUCUGAAAAUGCAGGAAAGAAUAUUAAAUCAACAGCAAAUGAUUUCAACGAUAAAAUGAAUGAGGCUGGAAAAGAAAUUAAAGAUAAAACAAAUGAAUUAUCAAAAGAUACUAAAAAUGCAUUUAACAACGCAGGCGAUAAAAUGAACGAUGCCGCAAAAGAUGCCAAAGAUAAAACCAACAGUUGGGCUCAAGAUAUAAAGGAAGCUACCAAUGAUGCAGCCGAAGAUGUCAAAGAUAAAACCAAUGAAUGGUCAAAAGAUGCCAAAAACGCUCUUAAUGAUGCCGGUGAUAAAAUGAAUGAUGCAGCCAAAGAUAUCAAAAAGAAAGCUCAAUAGAAAAUAUUAAAAUAUCAAUUUUUUUCCUUUUGUAAAUAAUCAUACAUAAAAAAAAAAUAAAAAAAAAAUAAAUAAAUAAAAAAAAUCAAUCUUUUAAAUAUACAU